AUGGAUGAGGAUGUGCUGACCACUCUGAAGAUCCUCAUCAUCGGCAAGAGUGGGGUGGGCAAGUCCAGCCUGCUCCUGAGGUUCACAGAUGACACCUUUGAUCUAGAACUUGCAGUGACAAUAGGUGUUGACUUUAAGGUGAAAAUGAUUUCAGUGGAUGGAAAUAAGGCUAAACUUGCAAUAUGGGAUAUGGCUGGGCAACAGAGGUUCAGAACAUUAACUCCCAGCUAUUAUUACAGAGGUGCACAGGGAGUUAUAUUAGUUGAUGAUGUCACAAGAAGAGACACCUUUGUUAAACUGGAUAAUUGGUUAAAUGAAUUGGAAACAUACUGUACAAGAAAUGACAUAGUAAACAUGCUAGUUGGAAAUAAAAUUGAUAAGGCAACAGGAAGUGAGUUGUCUACAAAUAGCUCAAUAGUUGAAAGUGUCUGCUGCUCUUGCAGAGGCCCCAAGUUCAGUUCCCAGCAUUUACAUCAGAUGGUUUACAACCAAAUGUAA